UAUUCGGUUGAGUUCUCUUAAGUAAACAAGAUAACGAUCAAAUUCAUUCAUUAGUAUUUUGUUUAUUUGGUUUGAUCAUGUUUCCGUGCAAGUACGCAAGGUAACAGUUACAACAAUAACAACGGUAACAAUGAAAACAAUAUUGGUCGUCCGUGUAUUACAUCACUCCAUACUUUUCCUCACACACAGCGUCACGUGACAUCUGGAGCUGGUGUUCUGUCACACAUCGCCCCUCACCACACCAUUUCAGCUUCGUGUGACUGCCAGCAAGGGGGAGGUGAGCGAUACACUGGCGGAGAAGUAGGACUCGAGAUAGCCAUUGUUUACCUCGUUGCCAGGACCACGUGGCCCGACAACUACCACCACCACCACCGCUCCACCAUUCCAUCACACACGCCAGCUGGAAAGUCUGUUCCUACAACGUUGUGGUGACUGCUUGUGGCAAAUCCGUGUUUGUGUAUACGCAGAACUAUGGUAUAAGGCUAAUAAUCUACGAGUGUGGUGAGACGAAAGGAGAGAAGUGACGCCGACAAGGUGAUGUGUACCCGUGUUGUGGCUGCACCAUCACUAUGCAAAGUGUGGCGCGGCCCAGCACAGCAGGCCUACGAGGAGCCUAUAGCGAGGGAAACCUGACUGAUCUCGAGAUGUACGGGACGGGCGUGGAGGGGCUGAGAGGCAUGGGGGGAUCCGCUCCCUGGUUAGUGAACAACAAAAGCACUAGACUUAACGCGGCGCAGAACAAGUACCUACAGUCCAACUCCUCAAUCUUCGGCGAUGACAGCGGGCAUCAUGCUAUCAAGGUGCAGAGGAGCAGGCAGACCAUGCAAGACCUUCAGAAGCAGAUGACGGAGCGGGAGGAGGCCAAGCGGUGGGCGGAGGCGGAGGAGCAGAGGCUGUAUGCCGCCAUGAACGUGUCCACCGCCGCCAACCCCAGCCCAGGCCGGAUGCGGGACACGGCCGAUAUAGUGGAGGACACGGGGAGUUUUUAUGGAGGUUAUGAAGGUUAUGGAGGAAGUGGAGGAGCUUACAGCACUGGUGGCUACGGAGGAGGAGGAGGAGGAGCUGGGGCAGGCUAUGUGCCAUCUGUGUACGGAAACUAUGGUGCCCCACGUCGUCCUCCUCGAGCUCACGUCUCCAUGACUUCUGACGAGGUGGAUGUGAUGCGGGCGGAGGCAGCAGAGCAGCUUCGAGGUGACUUGCAGUGGCAGGUACAAAUGAAGAGGCAGCUGGAGGAGGAGAGGAGGCAGAAGGAGGCGCUGGAGGACCGACUGGUGGAGGAGAACGCGAGGCAGCAGCAGGAGAGGAUGCAGCGGGAGUACCAGGCAGAGUUAGACCAAAGGAGGAGGAAGGAGGAGGAGCAAACCAAGCGGAGGGAUGCACAGUUAAGACAAAUGGAGUUGGUUCAGCAAAGAGUGGAGGCCGAGAAGAGGGAAAAGAUGGAGAGGGCGAGAAAACUGGCUGACCUGUCGGAGAAGACUGCUCUUCCACCACAGCGGGAGGACUUCGGGACGGACGCCAAGGUGAUAAAGCCUGCAGGAGGCGCCGACGGAGGGAAGGGAUCCAAAGGACCAGAUAGAGAUGAGUUUGACUUUGAUGCACUAAAGUCUGAUUCUGCUUUCCUAGCGGCGCAAAAACCCAAUAAAUUCUUCGACAGCCCAAGCAUGCCAGUAAAGGUACCUACGAACACUGACAUUCGCAAGCGCCCUAAGCCUCUCACUCCAGCUACCGAGGCACCACGAAAGGCCAACAAUCGACCCACCCUGGCAGUUCCGCGGCUACGCAAGGCACAACCAAACAGACCACGCACCACCCUUGCUAUUGGAGGCAUGAUGGACACCCCCGCGCAGCCAGCAGGAGGCCAGCCACCCGACGCAGGACCCGCCACCCUUGCCGUGCCUCCACCGCGCCCUCACCCCGGAACAAUGACCCUCGCUCCCCCUGCAGGCCUCGGUGACGGGUGGCCUCCGCGCGCUCCGCCACAAGCCUCGCAACCUUCCCUCACCCAACUCUACCAGAAGUCACCGCGCCAACCAGCCGCGCCCUUCGACUGGAGAAUACGCGUGGAGGAACCGAGUCAAGAGGAAAAGAGGAGGCUGGAGCAGAUGUCGCAGAAGGAAAUAGAUCAGUUUCAGGAGCGCAACACAGACGUCAUGAGCCAGCUGACGGCCAUGAAGACAGACCUCAAGACGCCAAGAGGAGGACGAGACGGGAGAGACGGAGAUCGUGACAGCGGCUACGUUCCCUCUCACGCACAAGACCCAACACGUCUGACGCCUGGCGGAGAGACUGUGCCCUCCGUGGUGCCCUCAGGAGACAAAGGGGAGGUGGACGUCAUGAGGGUGCCUACAGCAAAGGAACUUCCACAUAAGGAUACUGGAAACGAGGGGACAUUCAAUCCUGAUGAUACCUCAAGAACGAUACUCAGAAAGUUUAUGGAAAAGAAGAAGAGGCAAUAAAACGCCACCACCACCACCACCACCACCACCACCACCAACAACAACAACAACAACAACAACAACAACAACAGCAGCAGGGAUGAGCAGUAAGAGUGGUAGACUUCUUCUUCUUCUUCUUCUUUUACUCUGGCCUCCUUCUCCUCACCAUCAUCCCUCCUCCUGACUGUAUGAAAGAAGAAUACAAAGGAAUACAAAGGAAGUCCAUAAAACAACAGUUCUCAAGGUCCUUGCUAUGCUAUUUGGGUAACUGUUUUGCGCUAUUAGUGGAGAAGGAGCAGGAGGAGGAGGAGGAGGAGGAGGGGAAAGUAGAUGGAGGAAAGUAGGAUAGGAGAGUUGAAAUAGAAGGAGUAAAGGGAAGUUAGCUAAUUAAAAGUAAGUUAUUUAGAUUUAUUUUUUCCUAUUUGUAUUUGCUUGUGUACAUAUGUUGCUAUUGUAGUUCUGAAGUAGUGUAGUGUUUAAUUUCGUUCGUGUCUGGCUUAGUACGACCAUGGUAGUAGUAGUAGUAGUAGUAGUAGUAGUUGUUGUAGUAGUA